CGGAGCAUCACGUGAUUACACCGAUCGGCUCCGCUGCAAUGUCAUCGUCUUUAUUUAUCAAUAUUAUCGUCCUUAUGACUCAUUUGUACUGACCGAGCACAUUCAAGUCUGGAGCCCGAACAUUUAUUCAAUGCUCUCGGAUUGAAACAGACGAUAUUAGUGGCCUGUGCACGAGAGACAGACAAGAGUAAGAGAGUAAGGUUGUGUAUGUUGAAAAUGGCCAUUUGGCAACAGUUUGGAUUGCUGCUCUGGAAAAACUAUGUUCAGCAAAAGCGUCAGAUCUUGGUAACUCUGGUGGAGAUCGCUCUACCUUUGCUCUUCUCAGCCGUCCUGAUUGUCCUGCGACAGAAUGUGUCAUCCACGAUCAACCCCAAUAUAACGCACUACGAAAGUUUCUCUGUGAACGAGCUGUCGGACAAGCUUUACCCCCGUUCCCUGGAUCUGCAGCUGGCCUAUGUGCCUGGCAAUGCCAGCGUGGUCCAGAGAAUCGCUGAGGAUGUUCAGCAGAGCCUGAGGUCAUGCAUCAAGUCCGUCCGUGGCUUUGAAACAGAGGAGCAGUUUGAGAAGUUUGUGAAAACAGACCCUGAAUCAGGGAAGAUCUUGGCGGCUGUUGUCUUCGAGCACUCUUUCACACAUGAUGACGAUCUUCUUCCUCUGCAGGUCGGCUAUCAUCUGCGCUUCACGUACAGCCCCCGAAACGCACCAGGGAGCGAAAAAUUUGCGUUUAAUCCAAACAACGAUCUAAACUGGCACACCUUCAGCCUGUUCCCCCUCUUCCAGCUUCCCGGACCGCGAGAACAAUACAGGUCACACGGCGGCACGCCAGGAUAUUUCCGCGAGGGUUUCCUGCUGGUGCAGCACGCGGUGGACAGAGGCAUCAUGAAGGCAUAUAACAGCACGGCAGCAUCGGCCCUCUUCAAACAAACCCAAGUGCGUCUGUCCCGUUUCCCAUACCCAGCGUUCAUCUAUGACGUCUUCAUCCUGGCCAUCCAGAACCAGCUGCCCCUUAUGCUCGUGCUCAGCUUCACCUACACGUCUCUGAACAUCAUCCGCGCUGUGGUACAGGAGAAGGAGAGGAAACUAAAGGAGUACAUGCGGAUGAUGGGUCUUAGUAACUGGCUUCACUGGAGUGCCUGGUUCCUCAUGUUUUCCAUCUUCCUCUCCAUCUCCAUCUUCUUUGUCACUCUCCUCUUCUGCAUCAAGGUGAGUCCCAACGGAGCGGUUUUGACGUACAGUGACCCCACACUGGUGUUUGUCUUCCUGCUGUUGUUUGCUGUGUCCACCAUCAACUUCAGCUUCAUGAUCAGCGUGUUCUUCUCCAGAGCGAAUGUGGCGGCAGCCGCAGGCGGCUUCAUCUACUUCAUCAGUUACCUGCCAUACCUCUUCCUGUCGCCUCGCUACGACCUGCUGUCACACGCACAGAAAGUGUCCGCCUGCCUCAUAUCAAACGUGGCCAUGGCUAUGGGAGCGCAGCUCAUCGGCAUGUUCGAGGGCAAAGGUACCGGGAUCCAGUGGCAUAAUAUGUUUGAGUCCGUGACCGUGGACGAUGACUUCUCCCUAGCUCAGGUGCUCGGUCUCCUUCUGUUCGAUGCCUUACUGUACGGCCUUGUCGCUUGGUACGUGGAGGCUGUGUUUCCUGGAGAGUAUGGAGUCCCUCUUCCAUGGUACUUCUUCAUUCUGCCUUCAUACUGGUGCAGCAGUCCCCGUGUGGCCCUGCUGAAGGAGGAGGAGGAUGCUGAGAAUGCGCUAAAGGGCGAGUUCAUUGAAGAAGAGCCAGCUGGACUGGUUUCAGGGGUGAAGAUCAAACACCUGGCAAAGGUGUUCAGAGUGGGGAAUAAGACCAAGGAGGCAGUGAGGGAUUUAACACUCAACAUGUUUGAAAAUCAGAUCACCGUCUUACUGGGUCACAACGGUGCAGGCAAGACCACCACACUAUCUAUGCUGACAGGCCUAUUCCCACCCAGCAGUGGUCGUGCAUACAUUAAUGGUUAUGACAUUUGUCAGGACAUGGCUCUCAUCCGCCGCAGUCUGGGUCUGUGUCCACAGCACGAUGUUCUCUUUGAUAAUCUCACUGUUCGAGAGCACUUGCUCUUCUUCACACAGCUGAAGGGUUACCCUCGUGAAAAGAUCCCAGACGAGGUGGACCGCAUCAUUCGGAUACUUAACCUGGAAGACAAGCAGAACGCACGAUCCAAGACCCUCUCUGGCGGGAUGAAGAGGAAGCUUUCCAUCGGCAUCGCCCUCAUCGGAGAUUCAAAGGUCGUGAUGUUGGAUGAGCCCACCUCAGGUAUGGAUCCCUCAGCUCGUCGAGCCACCUGGGACCUGCUGCAGGGUGAGAAACGUGGUCGUACCAUCCUGCUCACCACACACUUCAUGGACGAGGCCGACCUGCUAGGCGACCGCAUCGCCAUCAUGGCCAGUGGAGAGCUGCAGUGCUGUGGCUCGCCACUCUUCCUCAAAAACAAAUACGGUGCUGGUUACCACAUGGUGAUCGUAAAAGACUCUUUUUGUAACGCGUCAGAGAUCACUCGUCUAGUCCACAUGCAUGUGCCCAAUGCCACUUUAGAGAGCAGCGCAGGCGCUGAACUCUCCUACAUACUGCCUAAAGAGAGCACCAGCCGGUUUGAGCUGUUGUUUGCUGAGCUGGAGAUGAAUCGAGAGGAGCUGGGCAUCGCCAGCUAUGGAGCGUCUGUCACAACCAUGGAGGAAGUUUUCCUCAGGGUUGGGAAGCUUGUGGACUCCAGUCUGGACAUUCAGGCCAUCCAGCUUCCAGCUCUACAGUACCAGCACGAGCGCAGGUCACAUGACUGGACGAUGGACGACUCCAGCAGUGUAAGCGGUCUGACUGACGUCACAGAUUUCACUGACAGUGGAACCCUGAUUUCAGAGGACGGCUCCAACAUCAAACUCAACACAGGGGCUAGACUCUACAUGCAGCAGUUCUAUGCCAUGUUUCUCAAGAGGGUGCUGUACAGUUGGCGCAAUUGGAAAGUGAUGGUGGCUCAGUUUCUUGUACCACUAAUUUUUACUGUGGUGGCCCUUGUGGUGGCCCGCACCAUGCCUGGAGGCCACAAUACUCCCCAACUCCGCCUGACACUAAAACAAUACGGCUCUACACGUGUACCAGUCGCCCUAGAGGACAACGCUGGGCCAUUAGCAAAAGCUCUAGCUGAACUCUACACCUCACAACUGCCAGCCCAGAAUGCCAUAGCUGCCACUAAUAUAUCAGAUGUGUCGGAGUAUAUACUGUACAAUGCCGAGAGGGAGGGUGGAGCUUUCAACGAACAGUGCGUGGUGGGUGCCGCUAUCAAAGGCAAAACCAUGAAAGAGACGGAGAUCAUUGGCUACUUCAACAACCAGGGCUAUCACACCCCAGCUACAGCCCUUAUGCUGGUCGACAACGCUCUUUACAAGUUACUGGCAGGACCCAACGCCUCCAUCCAGACAGGAAAUUACCCGAUGCCCCGCAACAUGUCUGAGACUGCUCAGAGCCAGCUUUCUGAGGGUCAGACUGGCUUUGCCAUCGCUAUAAACCUCAUGUAUGGCAUGGCGUCAUUGGCGAGCACCUUUGCUCUGCUCCUGGUCUCCGAACGCUCAGUGAAAUCCAAACACGUGCAGCGGGUCAGCGGGGUCUACCUCUCUAACUUCUGGUUCUCUGCUCUGCUGUGGGACCUUAUCAACUUCUUGUUGCCCUGCCUGCUCAUGCUGGUGAUGUUUCGGGUGUUUUCCUUGAGUGCGUUUGUAGUAGAAAACCACUUGGUGGACGUGUUGUUGUUGUUGAUGCUGUAUGGCUGGGCUGUGAUUCCUCUCAUGUACCUGCUCAGCUUCCUGUUCAACACGGCCGCCACCGCUUACACGUGCCUCACCAUCUUCAACAUCAUCAGCGGUACCGCUACCUUCCUCGCCGUCACCAUCUUGGCCAUACCGGAGCUGAAACUGCAAGAUCUCUCCCACCUGCUAGAUAAAGUCUUUCUGCUCUUCCCCAAUUACUGUUUGGGCAUGUCCUUCAGCCAGUUUUACCAGAACUAUGAGGUCAUCGCCUUCUGCACCCCCAACCCCAUUACAGAGAUAAUCUGCAAGAUUAACAACCUCACGUAUCAACUGAACUACUUUUCUAUUGAGGAGCCUGGAGUGGGGCGCCUCCUGGUGGCCAUGUUCCUGCAGGGUGUGGUCUUCAUCGCCCUGCUCUUCCUCAUCGAGCUCCAAUGCAUCCACAUGCUCCUAAACCUCUGCAGGAGAUACAGGAAGACUCUGCCGCUGGAGGAAGACGCUCUGCAGGCAGAGGACAGAGAUGUUGCAGAGGAGAGGAAAAGAGUUUUGGAGUGUCAGCCAGUGAUUGAGUCUAUGGUGGGCAGCCCACUCGUCCUACAUGAGCUCAGCAAGGUGUACUCAAGCGGACCGUCACUGUUAGCAGUGGAUCGCUUGACCUUGGCGGUCGGGAAGGGUGAGUGCUUUGGUUUGCUUGGAUUUAAUGGGGCAGGGAAGACCACAACAUUCAAAAUGUUGACUGGAGAUGAAAGCGUAACUUCAGGGGAUGCCUUCAUUGACGGCUACAGCAUUCUCCGAGACAUUAAAAAGGUGCAGCAGAGAAUCGGCUACUGUCCACAGUUUGAUGCCGUUUUGGAUCACAUGACAGGGCGGGAAACACUGAGCAUGUAUGCCAGACUGAGGGGAAUCCCUGAAAAAUAUGUCUCAGCCUGUGUAGAAAACAUCCUGCGCUCACUGUUGCUUGAGCCUUACGCUGACAAACUUGUCAGCAGCUACAGUGGUGGCAAUAAGAGGAAGUUGAGUGCAGGCAUGGCUUUGAUUGGCGGGCCACCGGUGAUUUUCCUGGAUGAGCCAUCCACUGGCAUGGACCCUGUGGCCAGACGGCUUCUGUGGGACGCAAUUACACGCACCAGAGAUUCUGGCAAAGCCAUCAUUAUAACUUCACACAGUAUGGAGGAGUGUGAGGCGUUGUGUACGCGGCUGGCCGUCAUGGUGAACGGUCAGUUCAAAUGUCUGGGCAGCCCACAGCACCUGAAGAGCAAAUUUGGGAGUGGCUACACGCUGCUGGCUAAAGUCCACAUGGAGAGCGAUUUAGAGGAAAUGGACCUUCAGCUCUUUAAAGAAUUCAUUGAAACCACUUUUCCAGGAAGUUUACUGAAGGAUGAACAUCAGGGAAUGGUGCACUACCACCUGACUGACAAAACCCUUACCUGGGCACAGGUGUUUGGGGUUUUAGAAACAGCCAAAGAGAAGUACAGCGUCGAUGACUACUGCGUGAGUCAGAUCUCUCUGGAGCAGGUAUUUCUCAGCUUCGCUCAGUUUCAGCACUGUUCCGAGAAUCACAGGAAAUGAUAUGCUCCAGUGCGAAAAGGAUCCUCGAAUUCAUCUCCACCUAUUGAAUGGGAAGUACAGCCUGGGCUAGCUGACCCUCUGUGGAUCGUCACUCCACAGGACAUUGCUCAGGUGUCUAUCUUCACAUACACAUCUGUCACAUGAUCACACACAUGAAUGCACUCCCAGACUCAACCACUGUGUCGCAUGGAGGCAGGACCACUCACGUACGAUCUUGGCCAGUUGGUUUUCUGUAUACGGUGUUUAUUUAAAGUAUGCUUUUAAAUAGGAAGUUCAUCACACCGACUGAAACCGUCCUCAAUGGUGCAUCUUGGAUUAUUGUGUCCUGACUUUUUAAUUGGUGGGUAUGUGCACCACUCGGCCUGCAAUGAAAGGGUAUUUCUUCAUAAUUUGCAAGUGUGACAGGCAAGAUGUUGUUUGUGUGCACUUAUGUGUGAUUGUUGUAUUAUUUAUGAAUGUCUUUGUUCGUUUGUUUUUCUCCACUUGUUUUCAAGUGUGGUUUUAAUGCAGAAGGUAGGUGCGCUUCGCCCCUUUCUGAAAAUAAUAUGCAAAAAGGGUGGAAAUAUAUAUGGGACGUCCGGAACAAGAAUACAGAUUAAUUCCAAAUAGUACUGCACCUUUGGUCUUUGCAAUGUUAUAGGAUAUAAAAUCUACAGAGCAUGUUACUAAGUAUAAAUUCUUAAUUUUAUAGAAUAAUUUUAAUUGAAGAAUUUUAUGUACAUACAUUUUGUUGCACUUUAUUUAGUCACUUAAAGUCUACAUUACAGUUGUUUGCCAGGUAUCAAUUUUUCCUACUGAACAUCAUCAUCAAAAUAGAUUUGUAGAUAGAUUUCAAUUAAAAACCACUAAAUCAUUCCUCCAUUUUUCAAUCAAAACGUUCAUGUUUUAAUGCUUUAUUCUCAACAUGUCCAAUUAAGGUGGGGGGGUUUUUUAUUGCAUGAUUGCUGACUCUUAUCCUCUAUUUUCUAAGAAGAGCGAAAUGGGCUCUCCAUAGAUGACCACUAUAGUGCUUUAUGUAAUUCCAUAGAUGACCACUAGAGGGCGUACAAUGCCUUAAUUUUAUAUUCACAUCAAACUCCAUGAAUCUGUCGAUGCACUAAAGGCCUACUUUACCCUAACGUGGAGCAAGCCAGGCAAUAUUUACACAUCUUGUUAAUAAAUGCUUUUGUUUUUGUUACUGUUGACGCCAGCACACGAUUCGAUCUUUAUGCUGCUGUGUUUGAGUUUGGAUCUGAUAUUGAUUUGCACUAUAAAUGUGGACCAAUUCACACUUUUAGAAGGAUCCAUAGAAAAGAGCUUACAGACCAAAAGUAUCACACAGCAAGAGGGUUUCAUUUGAGAUUAGUUUCUAACUAUGGGCUUCAUUCAUGAAACACAAACGCAAUGAAUUUGUCAAAUGUUUCAUGCAAAUUGUCAUAUUGAAUUGAACACAGCGGUUGGCCUAAUUCAUAAAAGCAGAACAAACCUCUGUGGCUCAGGUGGUAGAGCGGGUCGGCCACUAAUCACAGGUUUGGUGGUUCGAUUCCCGACCCACAUGACUCCAGAUGCCGAAGUGUCCUUGGGCAAGACACUGAACCCCAAGUUGUUCCCAAUGGCAGGCUAGCACCUUGCAUGGGAGCUCUGCCGCCAUUGGUGUAUGAGUGUGUGUGUGAAUGGGUGAAUGAGUCACAGUGUAAAGUGCUUUGAAAACCACUAAGGUUAAAAGGGUGCUAUGUAAGUGCAGACCAUUUACCAUUUCAGUUAAAUUCAAUUCAACAGCUAACAAAAAAACUACUGGGAUUUUUGAGACUUUUAUACAUACAUUUAUUCUGCGUGUGUUUCAUGAUUGAGUCCCAAUUUACUUAAAAAUGCUUUUACAAAUGAUUUGCACAGAAAUGUGUUCUCGUGUUUGACGUUACCUAAGGCUGAACUUCUGCCUUAAGGGCCUCGUCUUACGAAAAAGCCUUUUCUAAAGUUGCGUCACCCUCCGGUUUAUUCCUUGAUUAAGAAAGAAGCAGCGCUACGCUACAUUAGAAGUCAAUAUUGAGUCCGAUGGGAAGACGUCAAGAGUCGUCGACAUCAUUAUAUAUCCGUGCUGCAACUUUCUUAAAAUCUUCUUUGAUGGAAAAAUCUUCUUUUCCAUCCAGACUCCUAUUAAUUGAAUGUACUUCCAUAGCCGAGGGGGAAAACGUGGGUUUAUUUGUCACCUCACUUUAUUUGUAACCCUGUCCAAACUGACGUACUGUUGAUAAAAUAGGGCUUAAAGGUGACUUGACCACAGAUUGUCUUUUUCUAUGUUUUUGUCAUUAAUUUGUCAGUUUUUAAUAAGUUUGCACAGUGCUAUGGCUGUCAUGUCUGAACUGCUUGUUAUGCAACUGAUAUAUUGCAUUUUAAGGUCAGAGAAGGCAAAGUUGAACAUAUUCAUGAUGAUAAUGUUGAUUUAAAUGGUAAAAUGCACCAUAAUGCAAAAAGGGAAUUGUAAUCUUGUGUACUGUAUCUCUAAAUUAACUGUGUACAAUGUACGUAUUGCCAUUUCUCCCCCCUUUUUUAAUUAAAAAUGCCUUAUGCA